GAGAGAGAGAGAGAGAGAGAGAGAGAGAGAGAGAGAGGAUGCCUAGCCUUAACCUGUCAACCAACAUGAGCCUAGAGGGCAUAGACACCCCCUCAAUCCUCUCUGAAGCCACCAAGAGCGUGGCCAAAAUCAUCGGAAAGUCUGAGGCCUAUGUAAUGAUCAUACUGAAGGGAUCAGUUCCUAUGGAUUUUGCUGGGAAAAAAAAACCAUAUGGUGAGCUGGUCUCCAUCAGGGGCUUAAAUCCGGAUGCGAACAUGAAACUGAGUGUUGUGAUUACUACAAUCCUCGAGACCAAGUUAUUCGUUCCCAAAUCACGCUUCUUUCUCAAGUUCGAGGACACAAAGGGCUCCAACUUCAGGUCGAAUGGGUCUACCUCUUAAAUUCUGCAUAACAUCCGGUGUGCUAUGUUGAAACUCCGAGAACCGGAUACAAUAUGUAGAAUCAUUACUAUCUAUUACUUUUCAGUCUCUUAUAAGUUGUUGGACUAUAGAAGAAGAGAUAUUAUCUUGUUGGUUAACAGACAUGUUUAAUCGUAUGGAGACAGUGAACAA